AUGGUCAGGUCUCGCUCGGAAGCCGAGGCUGGGAGUCGGGAGCGCGAGGCGCGGGGCGUGGCGUCGCUGUCUACCCAGGGCUGGGCUCCGGGCUUCGCGCUGCGCUCCGCACCCGAGCCCCCCUUUAAGCCGGAGAUGCUGCACCCGGGGCGGGGGGAGGGCGCCGGCGCGGCUCGCUCAGGGUGGGGCAGUCCGCAUUGUGCGCCCCGCGCUGCAGGUGCCUUCCCCCCACCCCCGCGGGACGGCUAG